CAAUGACGUCCAAAGUCCAGGCAUGAGGGGGCGGGAAACAACACGGGCGGCCGGCUCCGGGUGUCCUGUUUGCCAGUCCCUACGCGUCCAGAACAAUAGUACCGACCGACUCAGAAUCUCACGGCUGUUAGAAAAUAGUGGAAAGGAAAUCGGGAGCAAUGUUGCAGCGUUCAAUAUAGGCAUCCGACGUCGAGAAUCCUCCAAGGUUAGAAGGGAAAUUUCGGUGCCGGCCGCUGGUGGGAUGUCAGUUUCGGAUAUCUCUCGAAUAUACUCCGCCCAACCUAUGGUCACAACAUAACAGCUAUCAACCACAGAGGACUAGUAGAUGCCCACAAUAAACUGUUUUUUUUUCUAGAGCAACAGUGCAACUUUUCCACCCUUCACAAUGCUUCUUGCCUCCACGCAGAUCCAUCUCGCCACAGCACCAGAGUCAACCAUGAAUCUUGGCAGACUCAUUUCCAUAACAGCCGCAGCCCAUAUAGCGAAAGCAGCAAUACCCACAAACCCUUUACGCCAAACCAUAUCACCAACAUCAGCCAGCAAACAUACCUCAGAAGCACGAGAUAGCGAGAAACCACAACCAAGCUUCUGGCAAGGCGAGCCGGUCCAACCCAAGCCAGCCACGUCGGCCGCGCCGGCCGAGGAGCUGGCCAUAUGGGAGGCCUGCGAAUACCUCAGGAGCUUCGUCCGCGACAACUGGGGCGAGGGGGCGGAGCACGCUGCCGUCAUCGAGUGCGAGAUGCCCAUGGCCCGGAUCCGCGAGUUCGGGAGGCUACCAGAGAGGCAGGGCACGCGAUCCUGCACGCGCCUCAUCCGCAUCCCCGUGCUGGCGGAAGAGAUCGGCCAUCGGCUGUGGAGGUUGCUCUCGGAAGAAGUGACGCGUGAAGCUCUAGCCACCGAGGAGCAGGACUGCGAGGCGGCUGCGGUGCUGGUGCAAUGUCAUGACCGCAGCUUCGAUCCGGGGCAUGACUCGGAGGGGGGUUCGGUGACGGUUGAAAGGGCGCUUUACAAGCAGUGCUGGAUCUGUCAUGGCCAGAGCAAAUACCAAGAGGUUGAAGAGUCGGCAGGGACGAUGACCUCGUGCUAUCGCUGCAUGGAGUGUUUCCACAGGUUCGAUGUCGAGAUGACUAGGACAACUGUGGUUGGCUCAAAAACCUGUGACGCAGGUGAAAAGGGGGCAUUGUCUGGGAGCUUUGGCAGGGUGUUUGGUCUUCGGCGUAAAGUGACCAAAAGUAUGCCCGAGUUGAGGCGACAUAUCGAAUUCGCAAAGUCAUGCGAGACUCGGACUUCGUUUGAGGUAGCUUGUAGCCCUGCUACGAGCCAAUUCGCAAGCACAACUAGCAACCAUACAACAGUCUCCGCAGUCGAUUGGCGUGAGCCGAACAAUAACUCAUCCUGGUCGGAAUGUAUGAUGGAUGUAUGGAGACGCCGCGACCCUAAAAAUAUCAAGCAUGGUCUAAGGCCAGUCGCCGAGCCUAUCAGCUUCCAAUUUUCGUGGACAUGAAAUUAAAAUCAAGCGAGUUUGGGCCGGGAAUCGACCAGUAUCUAGUUUCAUGUAGUGAGUGAGCCAGUCUGGGCCAUAAGAGUUUCCUAAAUCAUGGAAAGAAUCAGCUCCAU